GAAAAGAGUAAUGUGUAACUAGAAGUUCCUUGAAAAUAAGUUGUCCUACCCUUCCUCAGAUAAAAUUUGUAGAAUCACUCUGGAUGGGAAAUCUCUCUCUCUCUCUCUCUCUCUCUCCUUGCAUCAUUUUCUUCUUCUCCAUUAAGGGAGGCCUUGUCAUACAACAACUAACAUUUUUCAUGUGGGCAUGUUAUUGGCUAGGACACAACUAAUCAAUAGGACUCUGACUUUUCAAAUCCUUAUCUAUUAGCACUAUAGUUGCUUUUCACACAGAAGGAUUAAAGUUUAGAGAUCCACAUUCAAAACAUAAGAUUUCCCAAUAUAUCAUCUAUAUCUCACAUCAAUUAAAAUAAUAAACACACAAAGCACAUAAGAAUUUGUGUGGUUUAGUUAUAUGUCUAAUGUUCAUGGACAAAGAAUGACAAAAGAGUGUCACUAUAAAUGUAAAAAUUCCAAUGAGCUGGCGUGCGCUCUCUCUCUCUCAUACACACACAACUAUGUUACAAAAGCUCACAAGAUUAUCACAGCCCUAAAACUAGGAAAUAACUAAAUUGGGUCAAAAUAGACUCAAAUACAAUAGUCGGGUCAGAAUUACCAAACCCGGACCCCACAGAAAAGGCGAGAAAACAUCAUCAUUUGCCCAUUAAUCGGGUCAUAUGGGUUUCAACAAAUAAUAAGCAUAAUCACAUCAUAACAAUACAAACCAACAAAUGACUCCAAUGGAUUUUUUACCCAAUCCCAUCUCACUCAUAGUUGCCACUGCAGCUAUAAUUCUGGUAAUAUGUUCAACCAAGUUUGUUGCAAGAAAAUUGCCGGAGAAGAGAAAGAGAAAUCCUCCCAUCGCCGGCACGGUGUUUAAUCAGCUAGUGAACUUCCACAGGCUCCAUGAUUACUUUUCUGACCUUGCAACCAAACACAGGACAUACAGGUUGCUUGACCUUUUCAGGAGUCAGAUUCACACUUCUGACCCUGCAAAUGUUGAGUAUAUCCUCAAGACCAACUUUGCAAACUAUGGCAAGGGAUGGUACCACCACAGUGUCUUGACAGAUCUUCUAGGCGAUGGAAUCUUCACCGUUGAUGGAGACAAGUGGCGGCUUCAAAGGAAGCUAUCAAGUAAUGUCUUCUCCACCAAGAUGCUCAGAGAGUUCAGCACUGAUGUCUUUAGAAGUAAUGCAUCAAAACUUGCUCAAAUAGUGUCUGAAGCUGCAACCUCUAAUCAACGGAUCGAGGUUCAAGACUUGUUCAUGAAAUCAUCGUUGGACUCGGUAUUUAAGGUCAUUCUAGGAGUGGACCUAGACAGCGUGCUUGGAACAAAUGAAGAAGGAACUCGAUUCGCCAUUGCUUUUGACGAAGCGAGUGUAACAACUCUGUAUCGAUAUUUUGACAUUUCGUGGAAGAUCAAACGGUUUUUGAACAUAGGAUCAGAAGCAAAAUUGUCUGAUAAUGUCAAAUUAAUUGACAGGUUCGUAUAUAAACUAAUUAAAACCAAGACAGAGCAAGUCAGCAGGCCACAGGACAAUUCUACAAUGAAGAAUGGAGACAUCUUGUCGAGAUUUUUGGAAUUGAAUGAGAGCGAUCCAAAAUACUUGAAAGACAUAAUUUUGAGCUUCAUAAUAGCUGGAAAGGAUACAACCGCUAGCACUCUUUCGUGGUUCCUCUACAUGAUGUGCAAGUACCCAGUCGUACAGUCAAAAAUUGCUAGGGAAGUGUGGGAAGCGGCGAAACUUGGAGAGGAAUCGAGCUUUGGUGAACUUGUAGCCAGUGUCAAUGAAGAGGCACUCGACCAGAUGCAGUAUCUUCAUGCUGUUCUGACCGAGACUUUAAGACUUUAUCCUGCAAUUCCAGUGGAGGGGAGGCUUUGUUUUUCGGAUGAUACAUUGCCAGAUGGAUUCUAUGUGAGGAAAGGGGAUUUGGUGUCAUUCCAACCUUAUGCGAUGGGGAGGUUGAAAUGGAUAUGGGGUGAUGAUGCAGAGGAUUUCCGCCCUGAGAGAUGGCUCAAUGAAAAUGGCGUUUUCCAGCAAGAAAGCCCUUUCAAGUUCACAGCCUUUCUGGCUGGACCAAGAAUUUGUCUGGGAAGAGAGUUUGCUUAUAGGCAGAUGAAGAUUUUCUUAGCAGUACUGAUUGGAAGCUAUGAAUUCAAGCUCAGUGAUGAACACAAAGCUGUCAAUUACAGGAUCAUGCUCACUCUGCACAUUGAUGGGGGACUCCACCUUCAAGCCUCCCACAGAUUAAGGCACACAUAGGCCAUGUUUGUUUGGUGUACUAAAUUAUAUAUGACUAGUAUUUUAGUACUGUUUGGGCUUGUUUGAUUAGUAAGAUUAAUAGUGAGGAGAUUAAUAAUUCAUGUGAUUAGUGUAGGAUUGGUUAUUCAGCUAGAUUAGCAGAAUAAAUAAUUUCCUCUAUUUCACA